CAACAACAAGAACAACAACAACAACAACAGCCAAAUAUCUUAAAGCAGCAACAACAGCAACAUCAACAAAUGCGUUCCCAAAGCUGUCGACAACGUCUGGGGAUCAAAAAGAUUUGGCUGCCGCUUAUCAUUUUCCUUUCACUGCAGCUCGCUUUGAUCCGCGCGGAUGAGGUUGAGGUGGUGAAGGCAAUCGCUGGCGGCGGCAAUGAUGAGCUCUCCAUGGGACUUAGCGAGCAAGACAAUGAGGUGGAUCAAAUGGCACUCGAAUCGGAACAGGAACAGCAGCAACAGCAGCAGCAGCAGCAACAACAGCAGCAGCAACAACAACAGCAACAGCAGCAGCAGCAGCAGCAACUACAACAACAACAACAGCAGCAGCAGCUGCAGCAGCAGCAACAAUCCAUGUCGGGGCCCAAGGUGCAGGUGCAUUACCAGCACAAUGGCCCGCCGCAGGCACCACCCGGUCUCAGUCUGGGCCUGGGCAACAACCAUCAGAAUAUACCCAUGAGCUUUGGACAGCCGUUUGGACCGCCGCCGCCGCCGGGCGCACAAUUCUAUAAGGGACCACCGCCGCCGGCACCGCAGCGUCCACCGCCGCCGCCGCCGCAGGUGCAGCAGGUGCAACAGCAGGUGCAGCAGGUGCAGGUGCAAUCGCUGCCCGAUCUGAGCGUGGGCGCCUCCAGCAACAACGAGAUCUGGGCCUCGCCCGUUCAGGAUAUGCCCAAGAUCGUUUCGCUGGACGUUAAGUGCGAGAAGAGCGGCAUGAAGGUCUUUGUGCAGUUCGACAAGCCCUUCAAUGGCAUCGUCUUCUCCAAGGGCCACUACAGCAACAUGAACUGUGUGCAUUUGCCCUCCGGCCUGGGCCGCAGCUCGGCCAGCUUUGAUAUUGGACUGCACGAAUGCGGCACCGCCGGCAACACCGACAACUACAAUCAGGGCUACGGGCAUGAGGCUGGCGGCGGUGCCGGAGCUGGCACGUACUUUGAGAACAUCAUUGUCAUCCAGUACGAUCCGCAGGUGCAGGAGGUGUGGGAUCAGGCGCGCAAGCUGCGCUGCACCUGGCACGAUCAGUACGAGAAAAGCGUCACCUUCCGGCCGUUCCCGGUGGACAUGCUGGAUGUGGUGCGCGCCGAUUUUGCCGGCGACAAUGUCGGCUGCUGGAUGCAAAUCCAGGUGGGCAAGGGUCCUUGGGCAUCGGAAGUCUCCGGCCUGGUCAAAAUCGGCCAGACCAUGACCAUGGUGCUGGCCAUCAAGGACGAUGACUCCAAAUUCGAUAUGCUUGUGCGCAACUGUGUUGCCCACGAUGGUAAACGUGCGCCCAUCCAGCUGGUGGAUCAGCGCGGCUGCGUCACCCGACCCAAGCUAAUGUCACGCUUCACCAAGAUCAAGAACUUUGGCGCGUCCGCCUCGGUGCUGUCGUAUGCCCACUUCCAGGCGUUCAAGUUCCCCGACUCGAUGGAGGUGCACUUCCAGUGCACCAUACAGAUCUGUCGCUACCAUUGCCCGGAUCAGUGCAGCGCCGAGACAAAUCUACAGGAUGUACACCAUCUGCAGGUGGGGCCCGAGUCCCAGUAUGGCCCGCCGCCGCCGCAGCUGCAUGUGGAUGCCUAUCAUGUGGCCAGUGCCAUUGGCAAGCGACGCGACGAGCGACGCGUCCAGCGACGGGCACGCGCCGUAGCCGAGACCACGGAGCAGGUGGGCCUCAAUCGCAUCAUCAAGGUGGUGUCCUCCGGCGAUCUGACCUUUGCCAUUGACGAGCAGGCGGCCGGCAACGGCAACGGCAAUGGCAACGGCACCAACAACAGCAACACAUUGCCCCAGACCAUGGUGUUCCCGGUGCGAGAGGAGGGACUCAUUUGCAUGACCACGCCGGGCUUUGCCAUUACGCUUAUUGUGCUGCUGGGAAUUUUGGUCACAUCCUGCCUCAUCUCGGCGGUGCUCUACGUACGCCUGAGGCCCUUCUCCAGCUUCACCGCCAAGGAGCGCGCCGUCGCCUUUACGAAUCCACAGCUGGCGGCCGCCGCCCUGCCCGUCAUCCAUCUGCCGUCGCCGGCCGAUGCACUGCCGGGCACGCUCUCCAAGAAGCGGGCGCUCUCAUGAGCGACACGUACGGUAUGAUCCAUCUCCGUUUCAGAUUCCUUCCGCCUUCCCGCCUGAACUAGUUUAGGCCAUCAAGUUUGCUAAUUGCUAUUGAUUAGUUUAAUGUUUGUCACAAAUUUACAAUAAUUAUAUAGUUCAUGCCGUUAACUGGGUUUCCCCGUUUCCAAUCUCCGCAAAUUCCAACAAUUUUCCAACACUUAUCCCAGCCCUUGCUCAUUCUUCCUUUCACUCUCUCGCAAUCUCUCUUUCUCUCUCUCACUUGAUCUGUCUCUCUGUUGGUGGUAGUCAAUUAAAAAUGAAAAAGAAGAAGAUUUAACACAAUUUAUAAUAUGCUUUAGCUUAAGUCUAGGUUCUACUUUAAAUCGGUGCUAAGCCAAUGCUCACAGUUCAAACAUAUGGCCAAUCUGGCAACUCUAUCAGCUCUGUUAGCUCUGUCCCUUUCAUGCAACUGUCUCUCUUGCUAUCCUUUUCUCUCAAGGUUCCUGCUCAUAGCUAGUUAGAGUUAAGCAGGUGUGGCAACGCUAUGUAUUAGCCUGUCAAUUGGUGCGUUGUUGCCAUAUGCGCAAUGUACAACAAGGUGGCAAGGCUGGCAGCUAUUCAAAUUCAGCUCUGUGCUGCUGACGAACUUGCAAAGUCCAUGGCAAACUUGCUGAUAACUUUAACGGGCACUUGAGCUAUUGGAUCCACAUGUUAUAGACUCUUCUUAAGACUAUCUUAAUACAUAUACUUACAAUAUGCUUAUACUUAUAUGCACGCAUUAGACAUAUGUGUGCGUGUAUUUCAAUUAGUCACUAAAUAUUUUAAGUGUUUUAAACUUAGUCUAAGCUCCGGAUUCGAUUCUUUGAUCCACAGACCCUUCGAUCCUUGAUUUAACAUCUGGUUUAUUUAUAAUUGUUGCCUCAUAUGGAGCGUAUCUAAUUUAUACUUCUAUUUAUUUAUUUAUUUUACCACCUAGUUGAAUCCGACAUAACCCGUUUUUUUAUUACGAGUAUUUGUUUUUUUUUGUUUUUUUUUUUGUAUUAAUAUUAUUAUUAUUAUUAUAAUUGUAAUUCCUGCAAGCAGAGAAGGAAAUUAAGUUAACAACGUAUUCAAUAAAUCGUUUAUAACAACA